AUGGGACUAACUAUAUCAAGUGUUUUUACUAGACUUUUUGGGAAAAAACAAAUGCGUAUUUUAAUGGUUGGCUUAGAUGCCGCCGGGAAAACUACAAUACUUUAUAAGUUAAAGUUAGGUGAGAUAGUCACCACUAUACCAACAAUAGGCUUCAAUGUGGAAACAGUGGAAUACAAAAACAUCAGCUUUACCGUGUGGGAUGUUGGCGGUCAAGACAAAAUAAGACCUCUCUGGCGUCAUUACUAUCAAAACACGCAGGGACUUAUAUUCGUAGUUGAUUCAAGUGACACUAAAAGAAUUGUAGAGGCUGAAAAUGAACUGGCUAACAUGUUGAAAGAAGAUGAGCUAAAAGAUGCUGUUAUCUUGGUAUUUGCUAAUAAGCAAGAUAUGCCAAACGCUAUGACUGCAGCUGAACUAACAAAUGCUUUAAAUUUAAAUAAUUUAAGAAACCGUCGUUGGUACAUUCAGGCUACUUGUGCAACUCAAGGACAAGGUCUGUAUGAAGGAUUAGAUUGGCUCUCUAAUGAAUUGGCUAAAAAGUGA